ACAAUGGAGUACAUUACUCUUCUAAUUAGCAACAGGCAUGCAAAUAAUAUGUUCAGAUCUCAUGAUCUCAUCAUCACAAAUCAAGUCCAAAACAACCAACUCGAUCGAUUGAUAGCUUAUCAGUAAUGGCACGCAUCGUACGUUGCAGUUGCAGCAACGUCGUUUUCCUGCUAAAGAUGAAGAGUAAAAGGCUCAGCUAGCCACACGCCUCCACACACACAUGGCAGCCAUGGCGUCCUCCCACCAAGAAGACCGCGAGGAGGAGGAGGAGCACAGCCAUGGCGACGACGAGAUCACCGCCCCGUUCUUGCGGCCAUCGACGUCGAGGGGGUCGCCGGAGUUGGAGGAGGAGGAGAACUCGCCGAUCGAGCAGGUGGCGCUGACGGUGCCGGUGAGCGACGAGCCGGAGACGCCGGUGCUGACGUUCAGGAUGUGGGUGCUGGGGACGGCGUCGUGCGCGGUGCUCUCCUUCCUCAACCAGUUCUUCUGGUACCGCAAGGAGCCGCUCACCAUCACCGCCAUCUCGGCGCAGAUCGCCGUCGUGCCGCUCGGCCGCCUCAUGGCGGCGGCGCUGCCGGAGCGCGCCUUCUUCCGUGGGCGGCCGUGGGAGUUCACGCUCAACCCGGGGCCGUUCAAUGUCAAGGAGCACGUGCUCAUCACCAUCUUCGCCAACUCCGGCGCCGGCACGGUGUACGCCAUCCACGUCAUCACCGCCGUCCGCGUCUUCUACGGCAAGCACAUCUCCUUCUUCGUCUCCCUCCUCGUCGUCCUCACCACCCAGGUGCUUGGAUUCGGGUGGGCGGGAAUAUUCCGGCGGUAUCUGGUGGAGCCGGCGGCGAUGUGGUGGCCGUCCAACCUCGUGCAGGUCUCCCUCUUCAGGGCGCUUCACGAGAAGGAAGCAAGGAGCAAAGGUGGGCUGACGCGCAACCAGUUCUUCCUUGUGGCAUUCAUCUGCAGCUUCGCAUACUACAUCUUCCCAGGCUACCUGUUCCAGAUGCUCACCUCCCUCUCCUGGAUCUGCUGGGUCUUCCCCCACUCUGUGCUUGCACAGCAGCUCGGCUCAGGUCUCAGUGGCCUUGGCAUUGGCGCGAUCGGUCUCGACUGGUCCACCGUCUCCUCCUACCUCGGGAGUCCUCUUGCUAGCCCAUGGUUUGCCACUGCAAAUGUUGCUGCUGGCUUCUUCUUCAUCAUGUACAUAAUCACACCGAUUGCUUACUGGUUCAAUUUCUACAAGGCACAAAACUUCCCCAUAUUUUCUGAUGGUCUCUUCACCUCAACUGGCCAAAAGUACAAUAUCUCAAGCAUUGUUGAUUCUCAUUUCCAUUUCGACACAAAGGCCUACGAGAAGAAUGGUCCACUAUACCUCAGCACUUUCUUUGCUGUCACAUAUGGCGUUGGUUUUGCAUCCCUUACCGCAACAAUUGUUCAUGUUCUCCUCUUCCACGGAAGUGAAAUAUGGCAAUUAAGUAAAUCAGCUUUCCAAGAAAAAAGGAUGGACAUACAUACAAAACUUAUGAGGAGAUAUAAGCAGGUUCCUGAGUGGUGGUUUGUCUGCAUCCUCAUUGCUAACAUUGCCGUCACCAUAUUUGCUUGUGAAUACUACAUUGAGCAACUCCAGUUGCCCUGGUGGGGUGUUUUACUUGCAUGUGCCAUUGCCUUCUUCUUCACCCUCCCAAUUGGGAUAAUUACAGCAACAACGAACCAGACUCCAGGCUUGAACAUCAUCACAGAGUAUAUCAUGGGGUACUUGUACCCUGGACGACCGGUAGCAAAUAUGUGUUUCAAGGUAUAUGGUUACAUCAGCAUGAGCCAGGCCCUGACAUUUCUUCAAGAUUUUAAGUUGGGUCACUACAUGAAGAUUCCACCAAGGACCAUGUUUAUGGCUCAGGUGGUGGGAACUUUGAUUGCAGCAUUUGUGUACAUUGGAACGGCAUGGUGGCUGAUGGAGACAAUUCCCAACAUCUGUAACACUGAGCUCCUCCCAUCAGAUAGCCCUUGGACCUGCCCAGGAGAUCAUGUGUUCUAUGAUGCAUCAGUCAUAUGGGGUCUUAUUAGCCCACGCAGAAUAUUUGGGGACUUAGGCACCUACUCGGCGGUAAACUGGUUCUUUUUGGGUGGAGCUAUUGCCCCUGUCCUUGUCUGGUUUGCACACAAGGCAUUCCCAAACCAGAACUGGAUCUUGCUCAUAAACAUGCCUGUGCUGAUUGGUGCCACUGGCCAGAUGCCGCCUGCCACUGCCGUCAACUACACAACAUGGAUACUUGUUGGUUUCUUGUCAGGUUAUGUGGUCUAUAGAUAUCGACGUGACUGGUGGGAGCGGCACAAUUAUCUGCUUUCAGGUGCAUUGGAUGCUGGUUUGGCAUUCAUGGCUGUUUUGAUUUACUUGUGCCUAGGCUUGGAGAACAUCAGUUUGAACUGGUGGGGCAAUGACUUGGAUGGAUGUCCUCUGGCUUCUUGCCCCACUGCUAAAGGUGUAGUUGUUGACGGAUGCCCAGUCUAUACUUGAGGAUCUCCUAUUGUAUGUCAGUCCUGGGGAGAAUUUGGACAAUCUUAAGGAGCAUGUAGGGGCCAACGUAAAUAGGAUAAACACUGUUUUUUUCCCAGACCAUGUAAAGAUGAGAAAUUGGUGUUGUAUUAUUGUAUUCCUUGAGUUUUCAGAAUUGUAAUGGAAGUUUUGAAAGGUACUUAUUUGGGUCACCAAACCCAUUGUUAUUCAACACUGGAAACAAAAUGUAGCAUACUUGCGCGAAA